AUGAGAUUGUGUUUACUUCUAUUUUGUGUGACAGCUGUACGGGGCUGGUCGGACACCAGAAUUCGCAAGUUUAAGAAGGAGUUUCUUUUUGGAGUUGCUACAUCAGCCUAUCAAGUGGAAGGGGCUUGGGAUACAGAUGGUAAAGGUGAAAGCAUAUGGGACAAAUACUUGCAUGACCACCCGGAGUUGAUAGCUGAUGGUAGAAAUGGUGAUAUAGCAUGUGACUCCUACCACCAAUACAAACGUGAUGUGGAGAUGCUGAGGGAACUCGGUGUUGAUCACUACCGCUUUUCUAUUUCUUGGCCAAGAGUACUACCCACGGGUUUAACAAAUGACAUAAAUGAAAAAGGCUUACAGUACUAUGAUAACUUAAUCAAUGAAUUACUGAAGUAUGGUAUUGAACCUAUGGUUACAAUAUAUCACUUCGACUUACCUCAGUCGUUGCAAGAGCUUGGUGGCUGGGCGAGUCCUCUGGUGGUACAGUGGUUCGAAGACUACACCAGGUUGCUAUUCGACAGAUAUGCAGAUAGGGUCAAAUUUUGGAUAACUAUCAAUCAGCCAUCGUUUUGUUUUGAGAGUUAUGGUGGAAUAACAGCUCCUGGAAUUAAGUCAAAAGGCUUAGGAGACUAUAUGUGUGUCAAGCAUGUGUUGCUGGCUCAUGCUAAAGCUUACAGAUUAUAUGAGAAGGAGUAUAAAAACAAAUAUAAGGGUUCGGUCGGUAUAUCUCUGUCUUUGAACUUUGGUCACCCCCUAAAUAACAAAACAGAAAAUCAGGAAGCGGCUGAAAUAUUUAGAGAUUUCACUAUUGGUCUAUACAUGAAUCCAAUUUGGUCAAAAUACGGGGAUUUCCCUAAAACAGUAAGGAAUAGAGUAAUGAAGAAGAGUAAGGAGCAAGGCUACGAAAAGUCUCGACUACCCACACUGAGUUCAGAAGAAAUUAAACUUUUAAAGGGAUCAGCAGAUUUCGUCGGCAUAAAUCAUUAUACGUCAGUAUUCGUCGAGGCUCGAACUGACAGUGAUGAGAUUUUCGAAGUACCCUCAUUACAGGACGAUAUCGGCGUACUUCUGACACAGAGCGACGAAUGGGUCUCUGGAAAGAGUUCUUGGCUAAAGAGUGCUCCAUACGGUAUAUACAAGCUAUGCCUAUAUCUGAAUGAAAAAUACAACUACCCGCAAACAUUUGUCACGGAGCAGGGCUGGUCCACUGGAACGAGUCUAAACGACAGAUCUAGGGUUGACUAUUUGAGGGAAUAUUUGAUAGCUUUGUUGUUUGCUAUAGAGGAUGGGACUAAAGUGAUGGGAUACACUGUGUGGAGCUUGAUGGAUAAUGUUGAAUGGAAUGCUGGGACAAGUGAACGUUUUGGAUUGUAUGAAGUAGAUUUUGAAGCCGAAGAAAAAACUAGAACGGCAAGACUUUCAGCGUUGGUGUAUAAACGUAUUAUACAAAAGAGGGUAGUUGAGAAAGAUUGGACACCUGAUAGUUGGAAGAUAUCCAUCACGCCCAGAAGCGAAAGAGACGAAUUGUAA